AUGAGCACAGAAAUAGAAACUCAACCACAAUGCACCGAUCCGGGAUCUGACGGUCAACAAGCCACAACAGACCAGUUCCCGCCAGGCUUACCAGUCAAUCCGCAAGGUGCUAAUCCGAACGGGCACCUGUCGCCGCCAUUACAUGGGGCUCACCUUCCGGCGCAGCCACGUAGUCUUCCACAAUAUGGAUACCCACAAUAUGUCUCGCCAACAAAUUCGCCAGACUCCCAAAAACUUAUGUGUGAAUACGAGGGGAACAGCCACAAUCACGCGGCUAUGUGUCCAGAGCCAACGUCACGGAUACGUGUCUCCCUCACUGAGGCUUACUUAUUGAUGAUUGUCCUGGGCAUAUUUGGGGCGCACCAUUUUUACCUAAAACGCCCACGAUGGGGACUUCUCUACUGUUUCACUUUUGGUUUACUCGGCGCUGGAUGGCUUAUUGACAUCUUUCGACUUCCGGUCUUGGUUUCUCGAUGUAAAAAUGAAGCUUCUCAUCCAGAUCCAAGCCUUGCCAAGAAAAAGCGUUUGGAUGAUGUUUAUGUGUUGUGGUUUCCAGGUGGUCUUAUAGGGCUCCAUCAUUUCUACUUGAAUAACAUCAAGCUGGGAAUUUUAUAUCUUUGCACAUUCGGAAUUUGUGGUAUUGGUUGGUUAAUCGAUGCCUUUCUAAUGCCGUACCAUGUAAAAAUCGCCAAUUCUGACAACCAGGAUACCACUGAAAAAAGAUUUACAACGACCUGCAUCCUUGCGAUUUCUCCAACGGGACUCCUCGGAGCUCAUCAUUACUAUUUGAACCGAUUUGGUUUUGGGCGUCUCUAUAAUUUCACUUUUGGGAUUUUUGGCAUAGGAUACAUCGUAGAUUGGUUUCGUUUUCCAGUUUUACUAAAGCGCUCUAACACAGCCAGGACAAUGUGUCACAGUUCCCACAAACACCUUGAUGACGCUUACCUUCUCUGGUUUCCACUCGGAUUCCUCGGGUUUCAUCAUUUCUACUUAAACAGGCGUGGCUGGGGACUACUGUACAUGUUUACUUUUGGUUUCCUUGGCAUUGGGUGGCUCGUCGAUCUUUGCCGGAUGCGGACGUUAGUAGAAAAUUGUAAUAGAGACAUUGACGAACGAGUGCAUCUUACCGGAAGUAAUAUAGUCGGGGGUCACGUGCCGCUCAACUACGGACAGACGGGUCCCUGUCCACCGGGAUACUCCAACCCACAUCCGGGUAUUUAUCCAACCCAGCAGAACGGAUAUGGUUCUGUUCCUGGAAUGAAUGACCAACCCCCACCAUACGAGGCCGCGUCAGUUCCUACCAAAGGUCACUAGUUCAAAGUCAAAUGGUCCAGCGCCAGGAUAUUUUCACAAGUACACCUUUAAAAGGAUUACCAAAAAUACCGAAAACGGACC